CUGGAGGGGGGUGGUUCGAAGCGGGUCCGUUGGCUCCAGACAAAUAAACAUGGAGUCCAUCUUCCACGAGAAACUCCGGUGUCUGCUGCUGUCAGGAUGGGAGACCCCCACCCCACCCCCAUCUCCUCACCUCCCCACCUUGUAGCAAGAAGGCUCACUUUGUGCUCAACAUUGCCUGAAUAAUCUAUUGCAAGGGGAAUAUUUUAGUCCUGUGGAAUUAUCCUCUAUUGCUCAUCAGCUAGAUGAAGAAGAGAGGAUGAGGAUGGCAGAGGGAGGAGUCACUAGUGAAGACUAUCGAACAUUUUUACAGCAACCUUCAGGAAAUAUGGAUGACAGUGGUUUCUUCUCUAUUCAAGUUAUAAGCAAUGCCUUGAAAGUUUGGGGUUUAGAGCUAAUCCUCUUCAACAGCCCAGAGUAUCAGAGGCUCGGGAUCGAUCCUAUAAAUGAAAGAUCAUUUAUAUGCAACUAUAAGGAACAUUGGUUUACAGUUCGAAAAUUAGGAAAACAGUGGUUUAAUCUAAAUUCUCUCUUGACGGGUCCAGAAUUAAUAUCAGAUACUUAUCUUGCACUUUUCUUGGCUCAGUUACAACAGGAAGGUUAUUCCAUAUUUGUUGUUAAGGGUGAUCUACCAGACUGUGAAGCUGACCAGCUUCUGCAGAUGAUUCGGGUACAACAAAUGCAUAGACCAAAACUCAUUGGAGAAGAAUUAGCUCAACUAAAAGAUCAAAGAGUACAGAAAACAGACCUAGAGCAGUCUUUAGAAGUAAGUCAUUCAUAUGAUGGAACAGGAAUGUUAGAUGAAGAUGAAGAGAAUCUACAAAGAGCACUAGCACUAAGUCGACAGGAAAUUGAUAUGGAAGAUGAAGAAGCAGAUCUGCGUAGAGCAAUUCGACUUAGUAUGCAAGGUGGUUCCAGAAAUAUUUCAGAAGAUAUUUCACAGACAUCAGGUACAAAUUCACCAACAUCUCUUACUUCAGAAGAACUACGAAAGAGAAGAGAAGCCUACUUUGAAAAACAAGAGCAGCCAGAACAGAUACCACAUCUACAGGAAAAGCCGACUACAAGUGCAAAUGCACUAGAAAUUGAUCCAGGUGACGAUAUGACUGAAGAAGACAUGCUUCAAGCUGCUAUGAAUAUGUCUUUGGAAACUGUUAGUAAUAAUUUGAAGACUGAAGGAAAAAAAUAGCAAAGUGACUUUUUAGAAAAUAUCAAAAUAUUCAUAUUCCCCAACAUUGACCCCUUGUGCAGAUAUUUCCUAUACAGAGCUCAUUUCAGAAAUAUGUCAGAGUAGCACAGUUCAGAAAAAAGUAGGGGGAGGUAACGUGCAAAUAAAAAUAAUAGAAAAUGCAUCAAGUUUAGAACUAAAGACUGUAUCUUCCAAAUACCAGCCAAAGAGGCAUUCAGCAAUUAAAGAAAUAGACAAUAGUUUUCUAAAUAAUAACAUUUACUCUCUUUUUGGGGGUGGGCAAUAACCUCUUAAAAUAAGAAUUUUUUAAAAAUUUGUUUGCAGACCAACUCAUAGGAUCUAGCCACAGGUUUUUUCCAACUCUGUUGAAUAAUCUGAUUUACUCCUCUCUCACCUUCUCGUAGUUGCUCGUUUCUUAGUGCCCCAAAUGGCCUUACUACAAAGAGUGUCACUUGUCUAUAGUUACAACAGGUAUGAUGUUUAAUGGGGUAAAUCAUUCUAGCCACAACUGUAUUUUGUGUGCUCUAGUUUUUUUUCUUUAUUUUUCAUUGUCUCUGACCUCAGUAUUUCUCCUAUAGGGCUUUCAUUCCACUUUAUUUGAAGUUAGCCUAUGAUAGGAAUGAUUUCCUAUCAUUUCAAUAUGCCAUAAAGGGAUCAGUAUCCUAUGAUUGGUGCAUUCCUAGAUUUGAAGGGAACCCUGCAAAAGUGAGGUGUUGAGACAGAAUAUUCAGUUUGGGGAGAACAUAACUAUUUUUCCAGGUGCUUCAUGAAUAUCUUCUCUGUUAUAUCAAAAUGUUACAGCUUAAAUGACCAUCCCUACAUUAUGCACCUCGAUGUCAAGUUGUUUCCUCUGUUGCUAAGGAAAAUGAGGGAAAUGAAGUAUACAAGCUAGCUUGUGUUAAAAGAUUUAAGGUCCAAGAUACAUGUGAAAUGGACUAAACUGGGCUACCUGGUUUGUAUCAUCCUGCAGUCUUUUUUUGUGAAUGGUGCUUUCUGUUUUAACAUACAUUUGAAAUGUAUGAAAAUGUAGAUAAACGCUGCUUGACUUAUAUUCCAUUUAACAGAAAUACUUUCAUCCGUACAGUAAUCUUGGAACACAUGGAAAUAAUUUACUUACUAAAUUAUAUUUAAAAUUAUGUUGUGACUUGAAACAUACUAUUUAGCUAUAAAUACAAUAAUAAUUGGAUUAUUCAAUAGCAAGUGAGGUUGUAAAUAAAAGAGAGUUUUGUCAAACAUCUUUUUAUAAGGGUUCCCAAAUGACUUUUUGUUAAAUAGUGCUAUACUUUGGGUUGAGAUUAAUAGUGCCUUUUUAAAAUAGGCAUUUUGCUCCUGCCAUCAGCCAUUAUUUGUUUUCAUUUGCAAAAUUUUUCAGAGUUAAUAUAUUAAAUAGGAAUGUCCAAGUUGCUUCUCUGGAAAUUAAAAAUAUGGUAGUUAUGUCAUUAAAAAAUUCUGGAUGGCUGUACUGAUCAGGGAAAAUUUUUGCUGUAAGAUUUGUUGUUAGAUAUAACUGAAACCUAAGAAAUGCCUUUUAUUGAUGAAGUAAUUUUUACUCAAGUGUAAACUUUUAAAAAAAAAUCUAUCUUGUGCCAUAUAAAAUUUUCUGACGUGAACCAUAAAGUAAUAAGGAAAAAUUUAGGCUGUUAAAUCUUUUUAAGCAUUUUUAAUUUAUAAAAUAAAAUUCUUGAUUUUAGAAUACAAUAAUGAAUAAAUCUGGAAAUAUGCGCAAUUGUCCCUACGAUUUUGUGUAAUAUUUCCAUGUCUGUUUUCUAUCGCCUUUUCUCUUUGAAAACCUGCAUUCAGCAAUUCAUAUGUUUGAGUUAAUGCUUUCUCUAACAUAAAAACAUGGCUAACUGUUAAGAUUGAAACUAUGUUCUCCUAUAGUUUCUUACAUAGUAAGUGGUCUCAAAGAAAAGUAAAACACAAGGUUUAAACUCUUGUAGUGCCCAGGUGAAACGAUUUUUAAAAUAACAUGUCAGCCUUAAUUCUUGAUGCUUUUUGUUGACUCAAGUUGGACCCUUAGGCCAGAAAGUUCAGAUUGAGUUAUGUCUACGUGGAACAUACCAUAUAAAUUUUAUAUUUUAAAAAAUAAUGUAUUGCCAUCUUAUCAUGGAAUAUAGAUUUUUGAUAUCUUAAAUUCUAGUCAUUCAGAUUAUAUUCCUUAGUUGAUGUAAUUUCAGAGCUGGAAAUCUCAUCCCUCCCUUGGCCUACUUUCUUAAUCUGGCAUUUAUUCAGUGCAUUGUAAAACUUGUGAAUUUGUUUAAAAUUUAAAAUUUUUAUAAAAGUACAUCAAAUCCUACCACUUUCUGUAAGCAUCCUGUGUAGAAGUCAAGUUCUACAACUUGACAAUAGCCAUCCUGCUGAGAUAAAAUUUCAUUUGUGGCACUAAUAUAGGGAACUACUAUAAAUGUUCAAAAAAGGAUUUCUAUUCUGGGUCAACAGUUAGGAGAACAUUAAUGUUUAAUAUUUAAACAAUAUUUAUUCUUAUGCGAAAUGAGUAUUGAACAGGAUUAACAAGGUACAGAAAAGUUUUGGUUGGAUCUCCAAAAUAUUAGUAAUAAGUAAUGACAAGAUUGGAAAUACCAAUGUAAUGUGUAUUUUCAGAUAAGUGCACGACUUUUACAUGGAAGGAGUACUGGUCAGAGUUUUUGAAUUUGCAGAGUAGUGAUAUUAAGAUUUACGUGUAAAUAUAAAAAUAUUUGGAGGCAAACUAUAUCUCAAUAUCAAAAAUUCAAAAAGGUAAAAUUUACAUUUUUGUUUAAAAAUAUUAGGCAAACAGGUUUUUUUAUUGUUCUCAAAACAUUUUGUUUUAUUAAUGGGGAUGCUUUUUUUAAGUGAAAUGCCACAUGAAGAUUUUCCUAAAUUAAGACUAUAUAUUGCUAAAAAUCUAGUAAAUCAAUGAAAAUAUAAUUAAAUAUAUGCUUUAGUGUUGUAAAACAAAGCUUCUCAUAGCUAAAGUUUAUGCCAAAACAAGAAAUUGAAAAUACAGCCUAACCUCUCACUGUUAGUACAUUCAAUACUGUUUUAAAAAUCAUGCUUGUGCCAAUUUCUAUAAAAUGAAUAUGUAUUUAUAGCUUUUGUAUUGGCAGACAGGGUCUGCCAGAGUGCAGAGAAAAGCUUGAUUCAGUGCUUUAAAAAAUCAUAAAGUUAUUUUUUUAAUGCUUUCAUUAGAUUGAAAAGCAAUACAUUGAAAUAAGUUGUCACUUUAAACAGAGUAUUUUUAAUCUGAAUAAAACCUCUCUUUACAUUUGAAAGAUCCAGUUUACUAAUUUGCUGCAAAUGGAUUGAUUUCUAUAUUUGGGCCUUAAUAUAUGUACUUACAUCUACAUAUGUACAUAUACACUUUUUUUUGCCUUUAUUUGAAACAGCAUUUCCAAACACUUACUUUACAUUUCCUAGAAUAAAUAGCAUGAUUUUGAGGUGAUAAACAUUUCAAUUCAAGAGGAUAAGGAAAUCUAAAUAAAUGGGAAGAAGGAAAAAGUAAAUGAGAAUUGGUUUGAUGACUUGUUUUUAGUUUUAUUCUUAGAUGAGUUUUUUAGAAAAUUCAUGCUUUGAAAUAUUUGACACUGAGUUUGUUCAGUUAUGAUUGCAAAUGAAAUUUUAAAGGCAAUUUUCAUUUAAUAGUGAUUUAAAUUCUUUGAGAUUUAGAAACAUUCCUGUAACUAUUUUGGUAGAGAAGGGUGGACCUGAGAAAGUGUAAUUUAGUGUUAUGGAAUUGUUUUUAUUAACUUCUUUAAAUAUUCUCACCUUAAAAACUGUAAGAAGUCUAUAUUACUGGUAUGAUAAAUUUUAAGUUCAUUGUAAUUACUGUUUUUUAUACUUUUAAAAUGAAAGGUUUCUUUCAUUCUUACUUUCUUUUUCCUUUAAGCAUAUUAUGUAAAAAGAUGCAGACUUUGGUUUCUGCACACACAAAAAAAAGAACUUGCUUCAUUCCAUUUUCAAGGUCCAAGUGGAUUUUAUCAUCAUUAAUCCAAAAUUUGAUCUGUGUUAAAAUUUUCCUGUACAAAGCCCUUCUAAUUUCUUAAUCUGGUUCUUCCAAAAUGUCUCAUAUCUUUUGAAUGUUAAUAGGUUCCCUUCUCACAUGGAAUUAGGCCUGUUUAAUUGAUGAAAUAAAGGAAAUGUAUCAUGGUUUUUAAACUACCUGGGUCUUUUAGACAAAAGCUAUGGCAGGGAUUAGCAAAAUGUAUAUGAAAAAAAUACCUUUUAGGCUUAAUUGGUUAGCAGUUAUGUAUGUUAUUUUGGGAAACACUUACCAAAUAUGUUUCUGUUAUCUUACACAGAUCAAAAAAAUGUGUUUCGGGGAGAGAGGGACUUGUGUGUGUGUGGGGGUGGGUAUGUGAGCGCACGUGCACUUGUGUAAGAUAGCCGAAUGUCUUAUUUUUUGAAAGAGGAAAAUAUAAAAACUUGAAAUGUGACUCAUUUCUAUACCACUGGAUUACUAGGUAAUAGCUUUUUGUAACUAACACUCUGUAUAAAUGGAAAUUUUAAAUACAAAGAAUUUAUGGAAAACAUCAUAAAAGCAAAACAUUUUGUUUUGACCAUGAUAGAAGUGCACUGUGACAGUGCUGUUUUCUCAGGGCCCAGCUCUGCAGCCCUUUAUUGUGUAGAACUCUAUCUGAUUUUAUUUGGAAGUAUUGACACACAAAGGUUUUCAUGUCUGGUCCUUAGAAAAGUCAGGCUUCCAAAGCACUGUUUGAACAUUAAGGAUUUUGUCUUCUUUUUGGUGGAUGAACAACUAAGUUGUAUUUUAAAUAUCAAAAAUUACUAAAUAAAGAUUGCUCUUCUUUUUUA